CUGCCAGACUUGUCCUUAAUUACUUCUAGGCUCUUAUUCUGUAACCUUUCACCAAACUUUUGGGACACACUACUUGAUAAAAAGCAGGAGAGUGCUACAAACACAGUUUUUUUUUUUUUUUAAACUUAUUAGUUGGCAGAUUCUUCGACUCUGUGUGUUUUUGGGUGGCUUGUAGCCUAUUCAACAAGUGGCUGAUGGAUUUAAUGCAGAUAGAUGGUAUCUCUGCAGUCAGCUCAUUAUCCUGCUGGCUUACAGAGAUUUACAUCCUCUCUUUUUAGGAUUUAUGGCUCGUGUAAAAAAGGACUCUUGCCCACCUCUUCCAGCCAUCAUUCUACGUUGGCGGCACGCUGUGAGAAAAGAUUCCACUCUUCAGUGCUUCAGCACUCCUCAGACACUUGACCUUGACAUCCAAAUGCUGUUUGCCAAUUUUUGUGCCAGUGGCCUUUUGUGAGUUAUGACAACGGCAGCUCACGAAAGAGUGCCCUUCUCCUUCUCUCAUCAGUGAGAAGACCAUGUGAUAUCAUGAAGAAGGGUCCUAGAAGUCUACUCUUCAAAGAGUCUGUUUGCAAGAUAUGAGUAUUUUGAGCCCGGGGACGGACAAUAAAUCAAACCUUGUGGGAGUCGUGGGAGGCCCAGAAGAAUACCACAGAGGCAUGCAGUCAGAGGAGUUAUUUAGCAGGAAACUCAAAGCCCUCAAUGGUACCAUGGGACCACCAGGCUCCAACAUGCAGGGCAAACUUGAAUGUCCCGGCAAAACAAAUGGUACUCCAGCCAUGCCUAAAAUGGGCGUCAGGGCCAGGGUAACAGAAUGGCCACCAAGGAAAGAUGGAUGGGAUGGACGGCCAUUACCAAACUAUCAGAGUGUGAUACAAAUAUUUCAGAACGGCCAGCAGGACCAUACUGUGGAAUUACUUGCUCAAGAUGAACCAGUCUGUUUGGAGGUAGACUAUUCUGAUGCGAAGUAUACAUUGAGUGACCUUCUUAGCCACUCACCAUUGAAAGGUCUUCACCCUAUUCGUCAACGCAGCAACAGUGAUGUCACCAUCAGUGACAUUGACUCUGAAGACGUAGUAGACCAGACAGCAGUCAAUCCGAACACCGGGGCUUCUUUACAUCGUGAAUAUGGAAGUACAUCCUCUAUUGACCGCCAAGGUUUAAGUGGGGAUGGCUUUUUUACCAUGCUCAAGGGCUACAGAGUGGAUACCUUGGACCACCGCAGUGUACCACCCGUGGGUUUUCCAGAGUUGUUGCGCUGUGAUGCCUCCCUCUCCCCCAGCUUACAGACAGCAGCGCAGAUAGCCAGGGGGGAGUUUGUCACAAUACCAGGCUACGACUAUAUAGACAGCUCUUUCCUCUACAGCAGAGAACGGGAAAAGUCCUUCAUGAGGCGUCUUAAGUCAGAGUCAUCUGAAACAUCUUUGUUCAGGAAAUUGCGGACAAUUAAGAGCGAAAGUGAUGCUUUGAGACUCUCUCUGGAGGACGAUCGACGACCACUGAGCUUUCAAAAAUGCUUUGCUCAUUAUGAUGUUCAGAGUGUUCUUUUUAACAUCAGUGAUGCUGUAGCAAACCGAGCAAACCUGAGCCAGAGGAAGAACACCACUACUGGGGCUUCAGCUGCUUCUGCUGGGGGCUUGUGUGGUGUUGGAGCCAGUGCUUUACCGGGACCAGGACCAGAUGCUGGAGCAAUAGGAUGUAGUAGUGGAAAUGCUCCCUUCUUUGAGUCACCACUAGGGAGCCGGGAAGACUUGAACCCAAAGGAGAACUUGGAUGCCGAUGAGGGGGACGGAAAGAGCAAUAGCCUCGUAUUGGGCUGCCCACACUUUCGCAAUGAAAUCGGCGGUGAGGGCGAGAGAAAAAUUUCACUUUCCAGAACCAACAGUGCCAACUACAGUGGACUGUCAGAGAGCUGCUCCUUUGAAUCCUCACUAAGCUCCCACUGCACCAAUGCAGGCGUCUCUGUAUUGGAGGUGCCUCGAGAAAACCAGCCCAUUCAUAGGGAGAAGGUCAAACGCUACAUCAUUGAGCACAUUGACCUUGGUGCAUACUACUACCACAAGUUCUUCUAUGGAAAGGAGCAUCAAAACUAUUUUGGGGUAGACGACCAUCUGGGACCUGUGGCAGUCAGCAUCCGCAGGGAGCGGCUGGAUGACGGGAAGGAGAAAGAUGGAAUGCAGUACAACUAUCGAAUCACCUUCAGAACCAGUCAGCUGACCACCCUCCGAGGAGCCAUCCUGGAAGAUGCAAUCCCAUCCACAGCACGACAUGGGACGGCCCGUGGGUUACCGCUGAAGGAAGUACUUGAAUAUGUAAUCCCAGAGCUCAAUAUCCAAUGCUUGAGGCUGGCAAUCAACUCCCCUAAAGUCCCAGAGCAACUUCUCAAGUUGGAUGAACAAGGGUUAAGUUUCCAGCAUAAGGUUGGUGUGCUUUAUUGUAAGGCGGGCCAAAGCACCGAAGAAGAGAUGUACAAUAACGAGAGCGCUGGACCAGCACUGGAGGAGUUCUUGGAUCUUUUGGGCCAGAGAGUUCGUCUCAAAGGGUUCACUAAGUACAGAGCGCAGCUAGAUAACAAAACUGAUUCCACAGGCACACAUUCUCUCUACACCACCUACAAGGACUAUGAGUUGAUGUUUCACGUAUCCACCAUGCUCCCUUACACCCCCAACAACAGACAACAGUUAUUGCGGAAAAGGCACAUUGGCAAUGACAUCGUCACCAUAGUAUUCCAGGAGCCCGGGGCCCUUCCUUUUACUCCGAAGAGCAUCCGUUCUCAUUUCCAGCAUGUAUUUGUCAUCGUCAAAGUCCACAAUCCCUGCACUGAUAAUGUCUGCUACAGUGUGGGCGUGUCCAGGUCUAAAGACGUGCCUCCAUUCGGUCCCCCUAUUCCAAAGUCUGUGACUUUCCCGAAGUCUGCAGUUUUUAGGGACUUCCUGCUUGCCAAAGUCAUAAAUGGAGAAAAUGCAGCACAUAAGUCAGAGAAGUUCCGAGCCAUGGCGACCCGUACGCGGCAGGAGUACCUAAAGGACCUGGCAGAAAACUUUGUUAGCACUGCUACAAUUGACUCUGCUGUCAAAUUCAGCUUCAUUAACCUCGGAGCCAAGAAGAAGGAGAAAGUGAAACCCAGGAAGGAUGCACAUGUGUUCAGUGUUGGAGCCAUCACUUGGAGCGUUCGGGCCCGGGAUUUUGGCCAGUCGAUGGAUGUGGACUGCUUGCUCGGCAUAUCCAACGAGUUCAUUGUGCUCAUUGAGGAGGAAUCAAAAAAUGUCGUUUUCAACUGCUCUUGUCGCGAUGUCAUUGGCUGGACCUCAGGGAUUAUGAGUAUAAAGAUCUUCUAUGAGCGCGGGGAGUGUGUCAUGUUGUCUGCUCAUGACAACUGCGGAGAAGACAUCCGGGAGAUGGUGCAAAGAUUAGAGAUCACGACCAGAGGCUGUGAGACAAUAGAGAUGACUUUACGACGCAACGGCCUGGGCCAGCUCGGUUUCCACGUCAACUUUGAGGGAAUCGUGGCUGAUGUUGAGCCCUUUGGCUUUGCUUGGAAGGCAGGCUUGAGACAGGGAAGUCGACUGGUGGAAAUCUGCAAGGUAGCUGUUGCUACUCUCACCCACGAGCAGAUGAUCGACCUACUGCGCACCUCUGUGGCUGUCAAGGUGGUUAUCAUCCAACCAUAUGAAGAUGGGACCCCUCGAAGGGGCUGCUCUGAGCUGUAUCGCAUCCCCAUGGUGGAGUACAAAGUCGACAGUGAGGGUACACCCUGUGAGUACAAGACACCCUUCAGAAGGAACACCACCUGGCACCGGGUGCCUACAGCUGCUGGAACUCCUUUGUCCAGAGGGUCACCCACUCAGGGUCCUGAUCGCUUCCAGUGUCAGCAGAUCCUGCAGCAGCAUCAGGCCGCUAUCCCACGAAGCACAUCCUUUGAUAGGAAGUUACCAGAUGGAUCCAGGAUGAUGCAGGAUUUGGAGAAUCCCCAGGUUACAUCCUGUAACAAGGGAGACCAGCAUUACCGUAGCUCCCCUAGUAACCAGUCCUCCUCUAGCGAUCCAGGACCAUGUGGCAGCAGCUCCUGGUCCCAACAGCCUGGAUAUGAUGGCUGUCCCUCUCCUAUCCUUCAUGAUCAUGUAGGAGACAUCCCAGGGGGGGAUGGAGACUUUCACAGGGAGAGAGAGCCAACUCUGGAGAGGACCAGAUCGGCAGAGGCCAAGUGGCACAUCCCAUCCACUAAGAUCCUGAACCCUCUGAAGCAGCGAGAAGGAAGCAAAGACUCCCCCAACAAGCUCUCCAGGAUGGGUGAUAAGAACUCGAGCCACUCAAGUAGCAACACACUGUCAAGCAAUGCCUCCAGCAACAGCGAUGAUAAACACUUUGGCUCAGGAGAUUUGAUGGACCCGGAGAUGUUGGGUCUCACUUACAUCAAAGGGGCUUCAACGGACAGUGGCAUUGACACCAACCCCUGCAUGAUCCCUGGGGCUCGGGUGUUGCUGCAGAGCAGGGCGGGGGAGCAGGGACACCCAUGGGUGUCAGAGCAGCAUGAAGACAGGGCAUCUGAGGAGGACCGUGGCAAAUCAUACCUGCAACAGGGUUACGCUUCUGCUUUGAUGGCUAGUAAUGUGACGGAGGGAAGCAUCGGAGACCUGAGCGAGAUCUCUUCACAUUCGAGUGGCUCACAUCACUCUGGUAGUCCGUUGGCGCGUGGUGCCAGAUAUUGUAUGUCCACCGACUCCUCCAAGGUGUACACCAUCCCUCAGACCAGCAGCUUAGGCGCAGAUCCGGAGCCUGAGCCCGGGCCAGGACCCGAGUCUGGCCUGGAUCCCACCUCUGAGGCUUGUGGACAGACACGUACACAGCCAGAUGGCAAUCUCCCAGUGAAGACGACUUAUAAUGAUGAUGAUGAUGAUGCACACAGCACUGAGGAACCUCCCAACAUUUCAGAGUGUGGAGGAGCUGAGAGCUUGUUAGCACUCCUUCUCAAAAUGCUGUCUGAGCGUGCAAGGCAGCUGUAUGCACAGGAGGCCGCCUGCCGCUUCCAGGCUGCCGAACGGGACGGAAAAUCAUUACAGAGACUUUCAAAGGAGGAAUACCUGAAAAUGAUGCUGCCCGACAGUCCACCAGGAGAAGGCAGGGGUCAAAAGCUGUCUGUGACGGGAAGUCUGUCACCGCGUCAUUCCCUGUACCGGACAUUAUCGGAUGAGAGUGUAUGUAGCAACCGCAAAGGCUCAUCCUACGCCAGCUCCCACAGCUCAAUGCUGGACCAAGCCAUGCCUAAUGACAUCUUAUUCAGCACAACACCACCUUACCACUGCACACUGCCUCCUCGCAUGAGCCACAACCAACCGCAGUCCAACCUGAGGAAUGAGUUUUGGUUCUCUGACGGCUUCUUGGCAGACAGGUCCAAGUUCAGCGACCCUGGCCUCGUGCCCCUCCCAGACACUGCCACAGGCCUGGACUGGUCUCACCUGGUUGACGCAGCAAGAGCCUUUGAAGACCAGCGUGUGGCAUCUUUCUGCACCAUGACGGACAUGCAGCGGGCCGAAGCACUGGAGCUAUCAAGAGAGCUGACCAGGCGUGUUGUGGAGGCGGAAGGGGCGGCACUGGAGGCAGAGUACGUACCGACCUCCCCAUCUACACUCACUGGAAAAGUGAACCAGCUAGAGGUGAUCCUCAGGCAGCUUCAGCAUGAUCUCCGAAAGGAGAAGGAGGACAAAGCGAUGCUGCAGGAGGAGGUACAGCACCUGAGGCAGGACAACAUGCGGCUGCAAGAGGAGAGCCAGACAGCAUCUGCUCAGCUCAGGAAGUUCACCGAGUGGUUCUUUCACAGCAUCGACAAGAAGCCCUGAGCUGGAGAUGGACGAGGUGGACGUCGCACACUCGACUCAUACUGAAGGCUCCCAGACUUGUCGACAACACUCGUGAAUUGUCUUGGGAAGAUUAUAGAAAGAGCUCAAGUAUGGAGAGACAUAAUAUGUGAGCAGCCCUCCUCAUAUACAGUGCAGAGCUGUCUGUGUGUGAGAUUAACAGUAUCUCCAUCACGCCAGCUGAGACUCCUCCUGGGAAAUCCCCUCAUCUCCGGUUGCGGGGAGGAAUUCUUCCACGAGAUCCUCUUACAGUAGUGGAAUGUAAAGCUCAUUUACUGUAGUCAACUUGUAACCUACCUACGUACUGUACGUCACGUCAGUCUACUGUACCUGCAGCUGUAGUCCGCUCCACACGCUGUCACAGCUGGCUCAGAAAGAGGAUUUCAUGAAAUGGUACACGCUCAACAGGAAAUCCACUCCUGGGUGAAAAGUACAGCGGAAUAAUGAAUGUACCUCAACUUGAGAUUUUUUGGUUCUAAGUGACUUAAAAAAGGGUUUAACAUUUGCGCCUUUUUCUUUCUUUUCAUUUCAACCCAACUCCACUUUUUGUUCCUUCAGUGUUGUGAUGAAGUGUCACAUUUCGGCAGCAGUUUUGAUGUUCAAAGGUGCUUUUCCCUACACACGAUUGUCGGUAGUCUCCAUUCACUGUCACACUGUCCUAGCAAUAACAAGUUGUAGUUAUGAAACUGUGUUAGGAAUAAAACUUUGAAGAAGUGAGCACAAACAUGAAGCAGUUGUAUUCUAAAGCAGGAGAUUGUGCCUAAAACUCUUGGGUGUAAAUUGGAUUGUUUCUCUUGGCUUUUCUAAACACAUGCCUUGCCUGUGGCUCACUGAUAGAAACGUGCGUGCGUGCGUGCGUGCGUGCGUGUGUCUGACUGUGCCCGUGUGUGUGAGACUGUGUAGUUUAUCGCAGAAAAAUGUGUUCUUAUGCAGUGGUUUUCAAGAGCAUUAGAGCAAGCGCCAGUGAACCACAAAUACAAUGCCAAAUGUGUUUAUUUCUGUACAUAUUGGCCACAGAAGUGUCUUGUAUUUAACACUGUUAUUUAAGCUUAUUUAACCUAAAGUUGUUUAUUUUAUUAAGGUUAAUUGAUUUUCUUUUUCUGCACUAAGGAGAUAUAAAGCUCUCUGUAUGUUGUAAAGUGUGUAGCUAGGCAGGGCAAAAAAAAAAAAUAAAAAAAAAAUAGAAACAUAUAUUUAAAUAUAUAAAUGAUGACCUUAGAGAUUCCAACAUUUGGAUGCUGCUAGAUUACAGUUUGCUGGUUUGUAUGCUUUUAAACAUGUCACUCUGUCUCAUAGUCGGGGAGGAGGAGACACUGGUUGUUGCUUUCGUGUUUUGGUCUAUUUUUUUUAAUAAAUGUAGAUGGAAAUAUUUGUUUUUAGAGUUUCUUUUAUUCAUUUAAUUCCAUAAAAUUUGGAGAAAGGAAGAACCCAUUACACUUUGAUGAGGAUCUGGAUAAAAGUCCACAGUCCAUCCCCCAGAUUCAGAAUGACCAACUGUCUGUUCCUCAUCUGCCAGGGACCAGAAUGUAGGCUGAAAACUAACAAAACAAAAUAGACUUUUAAUGGCCCAAAGAUAAAUUCGCUUAUUACCUUUAAUUGGGCCAUUUGACUGCGAUAGCUGGCAACAAAACCAAGGUGUACCACACCCACCUCUCGCCCAAAGUCAGCUGGGAGAGGAUCCAGUUCGCCCAGGAUGGAUGUACGUUAAUUGUAGCAUUGCUAAAAAGAUGAGCAAAGGCGGCCUAAGAGUGGUAAUGACAUGAACCUCACAAGGUCACCGAGACUGCUCAGAGAACUGCAGGCACAAAACUGAAAGGGAAUCAGAUCAACAAGAUGAAUGGGUAGAAAAACAGGAAUUACAAAAGAAGUGCUGUGUUUGUUCUGUGUUUAAGUUGUUUAUCAAGUAGCCACUGUUUCUUGAUGAUGUCCAUGUGGAAAACAAUCAAAAUGCCUUCUGUGCUGUUCUUUGCCUCUUUUCAUGAAAAUAAAAUGUGCUGUUCUGCUAAAACUGCUCUUAUGGAAACAUCCACGCUAAACUCUUCAGGGGUUACAAUUGUUUAGGGCUUUCAGAAGCUUGUAAAAAUGUAUUUGCAGUGAAAAUGUACUGUCGUAUUGUGGCCAACCCAGCUGCCAGGCAUUGUUAAUAACACCUGAUGUUGAGAUCUUAACUGUUGCAUUAAGAAAGAUGUGUAGCAGUAAGACACAACAUGUCUUGAAUGAAGGUAGUAAUGCAUUUGUUUAUGUGGAAAACAAGUUUUAAUGAGUCUUCUGUGUUCAUAUUAGAACAUACAAAAUAGAUGAACAUGAAAUUGUAAUGUGUUUAUGAGAUGCGAGUGGCUUUAAAUAAAUGGCAGAUGUUGCGUUCACUGCAGGGACAGCGAG